UCUCGUUGAAAAUUAUCGAUACACUCUGUAAAAAAUAAAAAAUAUUUCUAUGCAGCAUUUGUGACAAAGUGUUUACCAGGAAAGAUAACCUGUCCAGGCAUAUGAAGAGAUGCACUAAUGUUAAUAAAAUCCAAGCUGCUAUGCCCCAAACCAGCGCGAGCAACAGUGCUGGUCCCAGUAAACAUACAUGUGAAAAAUGCUCGAAAGUGUUCACUAGAAAAUACGAUGUAAAACGACAUAUAAGGAUUUGUAAUGUUAAACAAACUGUGGGAAGUGUUGCGCCCCAAACCAACGCGGACUUUGGUGUUGAUCCCAGUAAACAUACGUGUGAAAAAUGCUCGAAAGCGUUCAGCAGAAAGGAUAAUUUAGGCAAGCAUAUGAAGAUUUGUAAAGGAGCCCCUAAUGUCAAUCAACCUGAAACAAAAAAUUUAGAGACGGUAUCCCUAAAAAGAACGAGCUCUGUCACUAACAAAAGCAUCUAUUUUACCGUUAAAGCAAGCAAAUUCUUAGAAGAGUGGAUAAUUACAGUGAUGUGCUUGGAUGUACCGUUUUGUUUCACUAUGGAAGACAUUCGAUUAAUUUUAAAUCAAAAGUGUAUUGUUAAUUAUAGGUUAGAGUUACUUGUAAAAUUAGGUUUAAGACCUUUUUACGAUAAUCUUUUACAUUAUAUUAGAGCUUGUAAUGGCUCUGAAGAAAAUUGUUUAGAAGAAAUUAAAAAAUAUUGUUAUUUAAAUGUUUGUGAAUUAUCAUAUUAUAUGUUGGAAUUUCUAGAAAUUAAUCCAAAUAAACUCGAAAAUGAUUUUCAACUCAUAUGUGUAUUUACCUCUUGUGAAUAAAUGUAUAAAAAUAAUAAUUUAACUUUUAUUCUUUAGUAUUAUUUAAACACUUGAAGAGUAAAUAUGUGUAAAAGGAGAAAGAUGUCUACCGCAGAUAUAAUUUUUUUACUAGAGAAACAUUUGGUUAAUUUACAACAAUUAAAAGAACUUAUAAAAUUUUAUGAAGAGAAACAGUAUAUGUUUUCGAAACUUCUAGAAUUGAAGAUCUCCCAUAAACAUGCUAAAUGAUUUGUUUGGAUGACUCGCCCUACGAUAUACGCAUAAUUUUUUAAAUCAAA